AUGGCACCAACUUACCUGGAAAAGCUCUUCUCGCUCGAGGGCCACCUCGCCGUUGUCACGGGUGGCACGCGCGGCAUUGGCCAGUCCAUGGCUCUGGCCCUUGCUAGCGCGGGCUCCGACAUAAUCCUCGUCCAGCGAAACGAGAGCAACCUGGACACCAAGCAGAAGAUCGAGGCGCUCGGCCGAAAGGCGUUUGUCUACACGGCUGAUCUCGCCGACCAAGACAGCGUGUCUGCCUUGACCGCGAAAGUGCUCGGGGACGGCCAUGAUGUGGACAUUCUCGUGACUUGCGCCGGGAUCCAGAGGCGGCACCCCGCUCACGAAUUCCCGAUGGAGGACUGGGACGAGGUCCUGCAGGUCAAUCUCCGGACCGUCUGGACUCUGUGCCGCGACUUUGGCGCAUACAUGCGCAAGCGGACGCCCGACGCCACUGGCCGCAGGGGAGCCAUCAUCAACGUGGCCAGUCUGGUCUCGUUCCAGGGCGGCCUCAACGUGCCGGCGUACGCGUCGGCCAAGGGCGGCGUUGCCCAGCUGACCAAGUCCCUGAGCAACCAGUGGGCGGCCGACGGAAUCAACGUUAACGCCAUUGCGCCGGGCUACAUCGCCACGGACAUGAACGAGGCCCUCAUCAAGGACGAGAAGCGGGCUGCUAGCAUCCUCGAGCGGAUCCCGAUGGGCAGAUGGGGCGCCUCGGAGGACUUUGAGGGAGCGACUGUGUUCUUGGCUGGGGCAGCCUGCCGUUACGUCAGUGGAGAGAUUGUCACGGUUGAUGGUGGCUGGAUGGGCCGGUAG